AUGCCAAAUUUUUUCACUUUUUUAACCCUUAGUAUGAAAAAAAACUUACCUUUAAACAUCAUUCAAAGCAAAAAAAGUAAAAAAAUGGCCCUUAUAAAUUAUUUUUUAAUUUUAAACACAUAA